CGCUUCUGUAGCUGAAUGAGCCGGGACCGCCGACGCCGGAGGGAAAAAGGGCGACAGAGAGAGCGAAGUUUGCGGAGGAGCCGCCCGUGCCGAGCGGGGCGCAAUGGCGGCCGUGUCGGUGCUGUGGGCUGCGGCGGCCCUGGGGCUGUUCGCCCGGCUGCUGCUCUUCUCUCCCACUGCCGCUGCUCAGAGUGAGGAGCGAGAGUGUGCAUUCUACGACCAGGAGCAUCAACUAGAUGGGCAGCAUGUGGAAGAUGAGGGGCGCACCUGGUGGGAGAACACUACAGUGCGCUGUGUCCAGGGCAGUCGCUGUUAUGGCCUGUGGGAGAAGACCCGUGAUGGGCAUGUCAGGCUGGUCAAGCAAGGCUGCUGGACCCACAUUGGUGACCACCAAGAGUGCCAUGAUGACCAAUGUGUGGUUACAGCAACACCCUCAAACAUGCAGAAUGGAACCUACCGCUUUUGCUGCUGCAGCACAAACAUGUGCAACCUGAACUUCACCGAGGACUUCUCCUUGGCCGAUCCCACCAGUGCUCAACCACUCUCUCCAUUAGACUCUCAACAGCUGUACCAGGAGGAAGCCAUAGUCAUUGCCCUGGCCACAGUCUCCAUAGUAGCAGUCCUCAUUGUUGGAAUCUUCUUAGGCUCUCGCAUGUGGACUGGAAAUCAUAAAAUGGGGCUCCAGAACAUGGACAAGAUGGAAGCAGCCACAUCAGAGCCCUCACUGGACCUGGACAACCUGAAGCUCCUGGAGAUGAUUGGUCGUGGACGUUAUGGCUCAGUCUACAAGGGCUCCCUGGAUGAGCGGCCUGUGGCAGUGAAGGUGUUCUGCUACACUAACUGCCAGAAUUUUUUAAAUGAGCGCUCAAUCUACCGUCUCCCCCUACUGGAGCAUGACAACAUUGCACAUUUCAUCACUGGUGAUGAGCGCCUGACUGCCGAUGGGCGCAUGGAAUACAUUCUGGUAAUGGAAUACUAUCCUCAUGGUUCCCUGUGCCAAUACCUGACCCUGCAUACUGGAGACUGGGUGAGCUGCUGCCGCCUUGCCCACUCCAUGACCCGAGGCCUCGCCUACCUGCACACUGAGCUGCUGCGAGGAGACACCUACAAGCCUGCGGUGUCCCACCGGGACCUUAACAGCAGGAAUGUUCUGGUAAAGAUGGAUGGCACAUGUGUGAUCAGUGACUUUGGACUGUCCAUGAAGCUUAUGGGGAACCGGUUGACACGGCCUGGAGAGGAGGAGAAUGCAGCCAUCAGUGAGGUGGGCACGAUUCGCUACAUGGCUCCUGAGGUGCUGGAGGGUGCGGUGAACCUUCGAGACUGUGAGUCAGCACUCAAACAAGUGGACAUGUAUGCCCUUGGACUCAUAUACUGGGAAACCUUCAUGCGAUGCACUGACCUCUUCCCAGGGGAGACUGUGCCAGAGUACCAGAUGGCCUAUCAGGCAGAGGCAGGGAAUCACCCCUCCUUUGAAGAUAUGCAGGUGCUGGUGUCCAGAGAAAAGCAGCGGCCCAAGUUCCCUGAGGCGUGGAAGGAGAACAGCCUGGCAGUGCGCUCCUUGAAGGAGACAGUGGAGGAUUGUUGGGACCCAGAUGCUGAAGCACGACUUACAGCGCAGUGUGCUGAGGAGCGCAUGGCUGAGCUACUGGUCAUAUGGGACCGGAACAAGUCAGUCAGCCCUGCAGUCAACCCCAUGAGCACCCUUCUGCAGAAUGAGAGAAACUUGUCCCAUAGUCGCCAGGUACCAAAGGUAGGGCCUUACCCUGAAUACUCAUCUUCCUCAUACAUAGAAGAGCAUGAAGGGGUGUUGAAGAACCUUCCAAUUGACAUGUCUGCCUUGGCAACCUGCCCCAUAAAUGGGGUGGCCGGAGCUGGAAAUGGAUCAGCUGGAGCAGGAGAGAAGAACCGGAAUUCGAUCAAUUACGAGCGCCAGCAGGCCCAGGCCCGGCUGCCAAGUCCAGAGGCUAGUGGAACCAGCCUGUCUGCCACUGCCACUACCACCUCUGGGCUGACACCUAAUACAGUCAUGACCAUCAUCUCUGAGUCAGAGUGCAUUGAUAAAGGGCCAACUGGUGGGGUCAAAGGAUCUGUCCCUGUGUGCCUGCAGCUCACAGAAGAGGAUCUAGAGACCACCAAGCUGGACCCCAAAGAGGUCGACAAGAAUCUGAAAGAGAGCUCUGACGAGAACUUAAUGGAGCACUCACUGAAGCAGUUCAGUGUCCCUGACCAACUGAGCUCUGGGAGCUCCAGUUUGCUUUAUCCCCUCAUCAAGCUGGCCGCUGAGGUCUCGGGGAGCACUGGGACGGCCGGCUUGGGACAGGCAGACUUUGCGGCAAUAGCUGGUGGGGCGUGUGACCCCCCAGUGGCUGCUUUUCCCUUGCCCAAGCAGCAAAAUCUGCCAAAGCGGCCUACCAGCCUCCCUCUCAGGAACCCUCCCAAGGAAUCCUCCCUGCGCCUCAAGUUUGGAAAACACAAGUCCAAUUUGAAGCAAGUGGAGACGGGGGUUGCCAAGCUGAACGCUAUCACUACUGCUGAGCCACACCUGGUCACCAUAACCAGCCACACACAGGGCAUUCGGGGUGCCCCAGGUGGCGUAGUGGUUAAUGGCUAUGUGGGCGCAUCUUCCUCCACCAGUGCCCAGUUUGGAAACGUAAACCCAGUAGGCCCCCAGGCAGAUGGAACUGGCCCCUUACUGCAGGCGCAGCUCAGUGGAGAGGAUAGUCGUCUAAACAUCACUUGUAGCCCAGAUGAGCAUGAGCCACUUCUGAGGAGGGAGCAGCCCACCGCCCAUGACCAGCGCCACACUAGCCACACUAACUCCAAUAACAACAACAGUAAUGGCAAGGAUGCUGUUGGCAGUGGGAGUGAUGGGCCCCCAGAGGAAGCCCCUGUGGCUCCCCCAGCUGAGGCGCAUGCAUCCGUGUCUGUCCCUGACCCUCCAACUGCAUCUGCGGACUCCCAGGAGAGGGCCCAGCUGCGGCUUCCCAAACCAAGGAGACCAGAAAGGCCCAACUCCUUGGAUCUGUCUGUCACUACGUUGGGCUGUUCUUCUGUCUUUGGGGAAGAAACAGUGCAGGAUGAAAAAGCGGGAUCAGGAGAAAAGAUCAAAAGGCGAGUGAAGACCCCAUACUCACUAAAGCGUUGGCGUCCCUCCACCUGGGUCAUUCCUACCAGUGCCCUGGAUGGAGAGAUCGAUGUUGGGACUGCAUAUCGCACCCAGAUCCAACCACAGCUAGGAGGUAGCCGGCCUAAAUCCAGCACUACCGUUUUUUUGGUAGGAGGGGGCACCUCCACUGCUACCACGGCCUCUGACACCACCAGCAUGACCUGUCUGUGAACUCUAGCCUGCAGCAGUGCUGGAUCAACUGAAGCUGUACUGAGGAGUGUUGGCACUUUUCAUUUUGCUCCAUGUAUCUAUUUCAUCCUGAUUUGUGUCAGAUUCACUAAGGAACAUGGAUUGGAAAAAGUCUUGGAAAAAGAAAAAAUCAAGCACUUAAUUUUGAAGUUUGCUUUUUGAAUUUCUCCAAGUACCUUUCGACAAAUGCUUUAAAUAGGGCCAUUCUAUGCAGCAACAUUGGCUUCAUGCUUCCAUUGUCUCUUUUUUUCAUUAUAUUAAUUGUAUUCACAUUUUUUUUGCACUUUGAAGUGAUCAGUCACGUUAAGUCUAUGCCCAGUGACCAUGCAAAAUACUGUAAGUAUUGGUCUUAAAGUGAAAAUGGUUAUUACAAUCAAAGUGAACUGUUCAUAGAGACCUGUGCAAA